AAGAUGAUUUGAUCUUCGCGCCCUGCCACCAUCGCAGCACACAUCCAUCCUUUUGCCACAAAACAUCACAGAAACUUCGAUGGCUGCUUUCAUUGUCGUCUACUAGUAGCUUGCUAGCUAUUAUAGUGAUAGUCAAUUUGCGAACUUGACACCUCCAUGAAAGAAUCAACAUCCACUGAAGAGACCGCAACGCCAAAGGGUGAUGAUGGGCUGCAUCCAUCUCCCCAUAGCAAGCCGACCCCUGAAGGGACCAUUACGACAACCACGCCAACAACUACCACAACGGCCACGACGUCAGCCGAAACGCUACUAAUGGAUGGAAGCUCGGCAUCGGCUGCAGGAAACUCAGAGGGGAAUAAUGGGGCAUUGCUGGACUAUGUGGGAACCAAGCAGAGUGUUCUGAAGCUGUUUUCUCUGCCAUUUUCCAACCAAUCCGUCAGCGUGGGAAUUCACAACGUCGAAGGAUGUUUGCUCAUUGAUGCCGAUCCGGCAUUGACCAAUGCCACAGCUAGGGAACCCUCUUAUAACCAGGAAAAGAUUGGAGAGGAACAGCAAGAAAGGAAACACAAGGACGAGACGAUGGUGCUACCCGUUACGAAUCAACAACAUUCUGCGGCUCUUGCAGUGAUCAGUUCCAUCAUCGAAAAGGGGGACACCGCCACUUCCACUGCUCCUGCCGAUCACGGAACCAAAAAUAUGCCUCACCCCGCCUUGGACAAGGCUGUUGAACUUUUUGAAAAGCAAAAAUCCUCCAGUGAGCCAACCGAGUACUAUCCUUGGGAAUUCUCGGGAAUGAAAAUGUUAGUGGGAUCAGAUGCCAUCGUCUACCGUUCGGCAACCCCCGAGACAUCGCUGACAGUGCGGGUGGAAGAUGCUGAAGUCAUGAGACAGCAAUUGGAGAUGUUUCAUCAUCAUCAGUCGAAAGAUCAGAACGAAAAGAAUGCCCAACAACAACAGCACCCCGGUAAGAGAACCUAUGCCGAAGCUUUGCGAACUAGAAAAUUGAUGGUUGAUCAACAAAACAGCAACAAGCCUGGUGGUCCGAGCAACAAUCAGAGCCAACUGGGACCCUCACAGGGUUGUAGUGCUCCCCCUGACCAAUCGAAUGGUGAUACUUAUGCGUCCUUUCAACUGCAAACCACCGUACUCCCCUCCACAAAUAUGCCCUUGGCGGAAAAAUUCUCCAUUAGUUCGGAACCUCCAACAACUUCCGACGGUACUUCAGCUCUAUCAUCACCCAUCUGCACAUGCAUCGAUGCCUAUCUCGAUCAAUUGAUUGCCAACGUGCCUCAAUUGGCAUUGGUGCUGCGGGAGCAUGGGUUUGUUCAAUCGGUCAAGUUGUUGCAAACAGAACACAUUUCGGCGCUGAUGAACAAGGAAACAUAUGAUACAUCCAAUCCAUUUGAAGUCAUCAAUCUGCACCAAAGCAGCAACAGCAAUAGUAGCAGCACACCAACCAGCACAGCCCCCGCCUCACCCUCCGACCCAGAUCACCUGUUUGAUCCCAAGGUUUUGAAAAUGAACGCCACGUCAUUGCUCAACUUUUUAAAGGCUAACUGUACCAAAGACAAUGCCACAUAUCUCCUACACAGAGAAGCAGGACAAUCCAACAUUCAACUUCUGGAUAUCACCUCGAGUAGUCAACAACGGCAAAAGAAGUGGAUCUGGGUGUUAGCCAUGAUGUCCUAUCGAUUCUCUCAACGAUUGAGACAUUUGUCAUCAGAUGCAAUCAUGACUGAUGCUCUGAAACGAUCCUUUCGAAGUCGGGAACGAAGUCUGUUGCAGAAUACGUUGUCCUUGCUGGAGGAUUUUGCUGACAUGGGUGGUCAACCACACGAAUUGUUGGUGGCUGAAGUGUGCCAAAAAUUGGCAGGUACAUUCCUUCGAGCUCGUGCAUCGAUGGAAGAUGCGUCGCUGGGGGGGCAGCAAAAGCAACAGCAGUCAGAUCCAAGCCAACCAUGCCCAGCCAUUUCAAAAGCAUUGCAUCCAAAAUUUAGUGCCGUCAAACCUGAUUCACUCAGCAAGGCAUUGGACUAUCUGGAGCGUGGUACUGCAGCUCUUUGGCAGUUAUGGAGACAAACUGUUGCCACAAAGAAAAAGCAGACCGCCGAUGAUUCUUCAAGCACAGAUCUGCAAAAUACAGUUGUCUCCAUCGAAGCCGACUCCAGUAGCUCGGACGAAGAAGAGGAAGAGGAGGCGAAAUUGGAAUCUGAAGUGAAAGGAGAAGCACUUGCGUUUCAGCUCAUGCCACUCCACGACGAAACUAUUGAUAUUGCCUUGAGGCUUGCUGAACACCACAUGGGGGCUUACUGGUCUUCCUCGGCGAUGCAGUCGCUACGGAAGGCCGCUCGCACGAUGGCGGACGCAAUCGAGGUGUGCCAAUUUGCCAAGAAUGGGGACAAGGGGAAUCAGCUGUCGAUGUGGAAGCAUCGAUUACAGCUUCAAUACACACGACUUUGGGAACUUUGUGGGCAUUUUGCUCGGUCUUUUGCAGCUGAUGACUUAUGGAGAGAACGAGGUCAUGCUGCAGGCGACGACGUUGUUUCUGUGCUACGGGAUGCCGAGGCUGCGCUUCCUUUGCAACGCAACCAACCAGUGUCGCCGCGAACAGCGUCUAGGGCCGAAUACCUGUUUGCCCCCUACCAGGCAGGUUUGUUGGAAGAAGCGGGUGACUUGUUCGAGCUAUCUGGCCUCGUCGAUGAUGGUGAACCAGACGCACUGGAGGCAGCUAGGGAACUGUUGGAUAUGAAACGCCAGCUAGGCAGAGAUCGACGCCGCGUGCUUGUUGCAGCUUGUAUCUCGUAUCGUCGUGCUGUGGCCGCGUAUGAAGCAUCGCUGGAAUAUGAGAUCCGUCAAGGAGGAAAUGGCCGCGAUCAGUCUGGUUCUGGUUCUGCCGAGACGUCAUUCCACACACAGCUCGUACCAGAAGAAGCCGCAUUGCUUAUCUUAUUAUUUCAAAGGCUGGGAGAUGCCUACAACGAGCUCGGCAAACUCUUUCUCCAGGAGUUACGACAACUUCUUUCAGCCGGCCACACUACAGAUCAUGGUCACGAGGCGGGUGCGGCCAGAAAAUUCGACAAACCUGCUGCGCCCCUGUUGGCUUCUGCCCAGCACUGCUUUGAGGCCGGAGUACGUGUGUUUCAGAAGUCUGGCGACACUCGAAAUGCAUGCUUGCUACUUUGCAACAUAUGCCAGUGCUACAAGCUGCGAGCCAACGCCACAUUCGCUGGAAGAAAGGGAGACAAGGCUCCGGCGGUCUCACACGCCGACACCAACCUCAAAUGUGCCAUCCAACAACUCGAAGCAGCGCACGAGAUGAUGGGUCAGCGAGAUGCAGACCCAUUCACGUGGGACAUGGUUUCUAACGAACUCGCAGCGACACUGUUGGUGCUCGGGGUCCGACGAAGACAAGCGUUGUUGGGCGGUGGCAGUGUCCCAACAUUGCUACAUAUUCUUCGCCUGUCUCCCGGGGAAACAAGGUCGAUUGUCGAGCCAAUGGAGAAAGCGCUGCUCAUCUACGAACAGUCUGGAAACUUCCAUCAGACGGCGGCUGUUCAAUAUCAGCUGGCACAGUUCUUUUCCAAGGUUUGGACUUGUCAGCGAGACGAGGCCCAGACUCGGGAGAAGCUGUCGCUUGCGUUCAAACACUACAACUCUGCUCAUGGCUUUUUCUCCAGGUCAUUGCGAGGCAACGAAGCAACGUUCGUGUUGCUGUGCCUCGAUCUUUCAAACCUUUAUUCGACAGUUUCCGGAGAAGCUGGAGAGGAGUGCCAUUGCCAGGCUUUGAAAUGCUACAUCGAUACAAUGGACGCGUUUUCGACUGAGUCGAUUGAACAGAGAGGCCGGACGGUAGAGGCCCAAGCCGAAUGGAUCAGCACUAUGGCUACACUCGCGACAUCGGUUGAAGAUCGCCUGUUCAAGACGCUGAGGUGUUUGGUCAAGCUCGAAGAAAGCAAAGCUGCGAAUACUGAUGUGUCAGGGGGUUGCUCAUACAAAAGCAUCUAUCGCGCCGCUUUGGGUGUAAAGAUGGGACAGACGAAACGAAGUGAAGCAGAAAAGCAGGAGGCAAGUCCCCUUUUGAAUGUGCACGAUAUCUUGCGCACGGUGAACGAGCAGUACGUUGCCAAACCCCGAGCUAGCUAGCGCUUGGUUAAGAGGAUGACAAUAAUAGCCAACCAACUGAGGUUGUGAUGUUUCAAGUUUGCCAGUCUUUCAUAUAGCUUCGGCGGCUUCAUAUUUGACGUCAACGAUGCUUUGAGCAAGAAUUUCAUCUGGCCGAUGAGGAGGUUGACAUUGCUUGGCACUGCUACCAGCUACUCUGCCUCCAUCAAUGGCAGAGGCAGUCGGCACUCCCAGUAAGCGAACAAGUUGAGUUGCUUCAAUCACAAGACAAAGUCUUGUCUGUGGCUGGUUGGUCACAGGUCUCGUACUUGAAAACCUUUCAGAGAUUAUAGUUACCGUACGGCUGAGGUUGACAACACCGAAGCAGACUGUCCCAACAUUCCUGGAGACCGCAAAUUGCGUCGCGGUUCCCCAGUAGAGUUCAUCUUUCUGUGAAAGAUUGGUACCUAGCUGUGUUCGCUUCAGUAACUUUCAGACAGGGUGCCAAUUGCUUCAAGCCGGUAGCAUGACAAAGAUGGGAAUACAAAGUCAUCUCGGGCAAGUGGCCUCUGAUGAGCUACCCAAUAUCCACCCUCACUUCAGUGGUGACAAAAGCUAGUUGAUGUCUAGCUAGUGUGAAGCUGUUGUUUGAUGGACCUGCUCUCUUCGCAACAACUUUUCGUAAACAACUUUUCCCUCUUUCCAAGGGAAAUUAAACGUUAUACGAAGUACAUAGCCUUAAACAAAUGAACAGGAAACACGAGCUAGCAGCAACAUGGUUGCCAACCAAUCCUUUAUAUACAAAUCAUUUAAAUUAAAGUAGUCUUAUUGUAGUACUACCGGUGUAGCCGGAUAAGCCAAGGCAAAUUGAGAGAGCACAACCAAUCCAUUAGUCGGCCUUCUUGCUGAGGACCUUGGUGAGUGGGACAUCCUCCAUGGACUUGUAAUACUGAAUUCCUUCGUUGGAUUCGACGUAGUGGCAUGUGUGAGCAAUUCUCCACAUGGCCUUGUACCAUGGUGUGGGGUCGUAGUUGUAGAGUCCCUUGGGUUCGAGGUAUGCCUUGAGGGCAGCAGUGGCUUCCUUUGCGUGGUAAAAGGGCAUUUCAUGGAACAGGUGAUGGGCGACAUGGGUGGAUCCAAUGCGGUGGUGGAAAAAGUCAAAGAUUCCGUAGGGUCUGUCGAUGGUACUGAGUCCUCCCAAAACCCAUGUCCAGUGUCCUUCUCCGUAAUGAGGAAUGGAUGGGUCCGAGUGUUGCAACCAUGUGUAGAGGACCAACCAAGCAUUGGUGACCAAGUAAGGGUUCCAGUACCACAAAAUGACAGGCAUGGGACCAACUUGGUACAUGAGGUAUCCGAGUCCAAUCAAGGUAGCCACGACGGUGACGGUUGACAUCAAAAUCUUGGUUUCCAACUUGGGUGGGAACAUGGGAGAGUUGGGUCGAAAGUGAUCCAUAAUCCUAUCUCCAAGAGGUUCUCCCUUGUGGUCGACCUUGCCGGUGGAUGCCAAUCCCAAAAGAUACAGUGGCCAUCCAAUGGCGAGGUGUGACCAGACCUGAAAGGCGGCAAAGGCACCAUCUCCCAUGGCUUCAUGCAUGACAGCGUAGAAAGAGAGACGUUCGUUGUUUGGCCCAAGUCCAUUGUCCGCUGCAGUGGAGGGCACGUGAGAUUCUCCAUCCACAAGGUGGUUCGUUCUACGGUGGUGCUUGGCAUGAGUGUACUGCCAGGCAAAGUAGGGGACCAAGAGUGCCUGAUGCAUGACGAAACCCCAGAUAUCAUUAAAUGUCUGAGAAGGAGAAAAUGCUCCAUGUCCACAUUCAUGAGCCAAGACCCAGUGUCCUGUAAGGAUCACUCCUUGCCAGAAGCCAUAGAAAGACCAUCCCAAAGCCCACACAAGAAUCUCAACUGGAUCGGAAGGAAUUUGGGUGGAUAAUAGCUGCGAGGUAGCAUAGACCAAUGCUGCUGACAUGAUAGUGUCUUGAACAACAUACAUCAUUGACCAAAAGUACGAUCGUUUGAAGCAAUGAGCAGGAAUAGCCGCCUUCAUUUGACCCUUGGUGGGAAGUUCAGGAGCGUUGGGAUCCAACGGGUUGUAGGGAGACCUCCAUACUCCAUCGUCGGGUUGCUUCGAAGCGGGUGUGCUGCGUCCUCCUUUGCCCAUGGUUGAGUAUUAGAAUUCUAUUCGUUUGCUGAGAAAAAUUUAUGUGGAGCAAUUGCUGCAAGGGUAGAAAGAGUUGUGAGAUGUUAUCUGACUGGACCACAGGUAAGUUUUGGUUGCUAUGCUGUGGGCUGCUCUCUGUCUUCAAGUAUGUGUCUGACGAUGCCGUGGCUAUGUGGAUGAUCGAUUUUGUGAUCGCCACGUCGUCAUCGGCUCACGUCCAUGUCCAAGACAACGCACUCACUUUGGCUUGGACGCUUUGGAGGCAAACGGGCAAAACUCUAUGACGGCCAGUUUGUUCCUUCCAACGUAAUUAUCACCAGGACUGGCCGGCUACAACGCGGACCUAGAAGAGUUAAUACUGAUAUUUGACAGUCCAGAAGAAAACUCGGAUCCAUCCGCGCCUCAAUACGACCUGAAAGAUCCCUCGCAGAGCCCUCUUCCCUCGAGCUCAAACUCAAGACCGUCAACUUUUCAGUGAGCGUGUAGCUUCCAAGCCGUAUCGAAUAUUGUAGGUGGUACCUGGUACCGCUUCCUGUACGACUGCGGAAUAAGAGUAAUGGCCAUCUACCGGUAGCUAGCUACUAGCUAGGUACCUCCAGGUAGUCUAGUGGAGGAAUGCACUGUGAGGUCAGUGGAAUCAAACAAUAGAGAAACUAGCCUUGGGGAUAGCUGUCCACAAUGAAGACAACUUGGGGGGGGGGGGGGGGUCAGUUUUAGAA